CAUAAACACGGAGCGGAACUUCCGGGUUUAUGAAAGUUGUCAACAGUUUGCUAAAGAUAAAUAAACAUGUAGAUAGUGUGAGAGCAGAACGCUACCCUUCUUUUUCCUGGAGAGAGAGACGGGUGGAGGGAGAGUAAAGACGGACAGACACCGCGGAAAGCAGAAGAAGCUAGUUAAAACUAGAAUGUAGUUAGUUACUGUAGUUAGUUAACUCACUUGUCCCAGGCCAGCUAACAGAUAACUCCAGCCUGCUCUCCCUUUCCGUGGCUCCUCUACUGAUGCCUGUCUCUGUCGGGGCUCCAUGGAAGAGCUGCUAGUACAGGGCGGACCGGGACUGCAGCAGACCCUCACCCUUUGCCCCAUGCCCUGAUCCAAGUACGGUCCCUGCUCAUCUCUCCGGUCCAACGGGAUAUUAUAACCGUGGGGUGAGCCUGGAAACGGGAGCUACGGCCGAUAGAGCUAGCGGCGAUUGGGCGAGGAGUACUUUUCCAACUCUUUCUACCAUUUUUAUAAAAGUCUGAUUUUAUAAAGUUGACAUUUAUUUAUCCCAACAUCCAACUGGUGAAGGUUAUGCAGUGUGUCUGUUCGGCUGUGAUGAGAUGUCGUCAUGUAAGUCAUAGAGGCGACCAUCAAACAAGAUGAGUGGAGGGAAGAAGAGGAGUGGCUUCCAGAUUACCAGUGUGACGUCAGACUACACUCAGAGCUCCGGGGAAGCCCCACCCCCUGCCCAGGCCUCUAGCCAAUCAAAUCCCUCCCCUCCGUCCUCCAGCCAAUCCACUGCUUCCUCCCAGCCUGGCCCCUUCCACCAGCAGGGAAGCACCUCCCAGCCGACGACUCCCCUCUCGCUGAGGAAAUGCAACUCCCAAGAUGCCACGGGACAGGGAUCCAGGUUCCGUGUCGUCCGAUUGGGCCAGGGCCACGGAGAACCCUAUCACCGGGGGCGAUGGACCUGCACUGACUUCCUGGAACGAGAGGAAGGGUUGGGGCUUAGACGGGUGAUUGACAGCAUGAGACACGCCCACUCUCUGGAGUCGCUUGAGGGGAUUGGUCUAGAGAGGGGAGGGGCUGCAGUCGGGCUGCUGGGGAACGUGCGUGCGCUCAGGACGGGACACCUUGUGCACUCUCAGGGUACCUCCCACUUGCUGGCCCAGCCAAUAGGGUCAGAUGGGGAGAGGUUUGGAGGGCUGAAGCCCCUCCUCCUCCACAGCGGCCCGUCCUCCCCCACACACCUGGACAGACUCCACUUACGAUUGGUCAACUCCACGCCCCCUCCACCCAGCCCCCGCCCACGGAACAUCCCCCCUCCUCUACGCCUGGAUGUGGACGCUACCGGGAGGUCCCUGUUGAGAGUGUCUAAUUCCCAGCCCAGCUCCCCCCUACAGGAUAGAGAUGGUGUGUUCCCACCCAGUUUGACACCCAUCCAGACUCCUUCGGGCUGGUCCAUGUUCGGCUCCGGGGGGGGCUUCCAUCUGCCGGGGGAUGACAGUGGGUCGAGCAGCAGCAUGAUCGCAAUAGACAACAAGAUAGAGCAAGCAAUGGUAGGUCUCUGUUGUGCAAUAACCUUAUUGUGAUAUCUAGGUCUGUUGUGUAAUAACCUUAUUGUGAUGUCAUGUAUUGUGAUAUCUAGGUCUGUUGUGUAAUAACCUUAUUGUGAUGUCAUGUAUUGUGAUAUCUAGGUCUGUUGUGUAAUAACCUUAUUGUGAUGCCAUGUAUUGUGAUAUCUAGGUCUCUGUUGUGUAAUAACCUUAUUGUGAUGUCAUGUAGUAUUGUGAUAUCUAGUCUGUUGUGUAAUAACCUUAUUGUGAUAUCUAGGUCUGUUGUGUAAUAACCUUAUUGUGAUAUCUAGGUCUGUUGUGUAAUAACCUUAUUGUGAUAUCUAGGUCUGUUGUGUAAUAACCUUAUUGUGAUAUCUAGGUCUGUUGUGUAAUAACCUUAUUGUGAUAUCUAGGUCUGUUGUGUAAUAACCUUAUUGUGAUGUCAUGUAUUGUGAUAUCUAGGUCUGUUGUGUAAUAACCUUAUUGUGAUGUCAUGUAGUAUUGUGAUAUCUAGGUCUGUUGUGUAAUAACCUUAUUGUGAUAUCUAGGUCUGUUGUGUAAUAACCUUAUUGUGAUGUCUGUAUUGUGAUAUCUAGGUCUGUUGUGUAAUAACCUUAUUGUGAUGUCUGUAUUGUGAUAUCUAGGUCUGUUGUGUAGUAACCUUAUUGUGAUAUCUAGGUCUGUUGUGUAAUAACCUUAUUGUGAUGUCUGUAUUGUGAUAUCUAGGUCUGUUGUGUAAUAGCCUUAUUGUGAUGUCUGUAUUGUGAUAUCUAGGUCUCUGUUGUGUAUUAACCUUAUUGUGAUAUCUAGGUCUGUUGUGUAAUAACCUUAUUGUGAUAUCUAGGUCUGUUGUGUAAUAACCUUAUUGUGAUAUCAUGUAUUGUGAUAUCUAGGUCUCUGUUGUGUAAUAACCUUAUUGUGAUAUCUAGGUCUCUUGUGUAAUAACCUUAUUGUGAUAUCCACGUCUAGAUGAAGGGGAGGAGACAGGUUAAAGAAGGAUUUUGAGACAUGGAUGGUAUGUGUGCCGUUCAGAGGGUGAAUGAGCAAGACAAAAUAUGU